AUGCUUACUGAACACUACGCGCAACGCUACCGACAUUAUACUACUGAGGAUUUUACACGACCUCUAUAUUCGCCUGAUCUUAAUCCGAUUGAACACCUCUGGUCGCUACUUAAAGAUAAGGUAUUGAAGCUAUUCCCAGAGCUAUACACAAUGCCUAAUAACGAGGAGACACGGUGGUAUCUAAUUGGGUGUGCCUAG